AUGGGACUGUGGCAGGACAUUUUUGCAGUGAAGAUUGGAGAAAUGCACGUAACAGAUCCGUGGACACUUCUGGAGGAUGAUGCCCUGCAGGUGCAGGCCUGCAUGCCUGGCUGGAAGGAGUUUGUGCAGCGCCGUGCUCUUGGGAGGUUUCAGUGCUCCCAGUGCUUUCAUAAGUGGUCUUCUGCCAAAGUGCACAUCCUGUUCCGCAUGUACCACUGCCAAGGCUGGGGCACAGUGUGGAUGCGGAUCUUUCGCCAGAAAUGCAGGCACUGCCCUAACUCCCAGCUGGAGGAUCCUGAGUUCAGCCUGGACACUGUGGAGACAAUUCUGCACAACCUGGUGAUAAAGAUCCUCCAGUAUUUCUACAAGAAGCCUGUCCAGCCCUCUGACCUCCUGGAAGUCGUGGUGGAUGCACUGGUGACGGGGCCACACGACUGUGCCCACUGCGAGGCCUGCGAGCUUGGCAUUUGCAACAGGUCACAGAAGACCCCGGCACUGGAUGCCUGGAAGCCCUUGGCAGAUGAGAACAAGGCCAGGAUGCACAGCAGCAAGCCAUGGCUGGCCUGGACAUCAGAUGUGUGGAAGUCCUUAACAAAUGCGGGGGAGGCUGGAACACAUCACACGGAGUCAUGGUCGUCCCUGGGAUCAGAUGACUGCGAGCCCUUGAUUGGUGUGGGCAAGGCCAGGACCCAUCACACUAAGUUGCAGCCAGCCCCAGCAUGGGUUUCCUGGAAUACAUACAAAUCCUGGACCUCUCAGACCCUGAAACACCAGGGCUUAAGACCCCGUGAAGCCUCGACGCACCACCCCUCACCCUCCAACAGCAACUCCUCCUGGAAAUGGUGCUGCUGCCUCGGCAGCUCUUUGGUCUGUGUUUUGGCACUGAUCAUCUUCCUUGUGUUUUAUUUGACCAAGAUGUAG